AUGGCAACGGAGGAGAAGAAGCCAGAGACGGAGGCGGCCAGAGCACAGCCCACCCCUUCCUCCUCGGCCACGCAGAGCAAGCCCACUCCUGUUAAACCAAACUAUGCCCUGAAAUUCACCCUGGCUGGCCACACGAAAGCCGUGUCCUCCGUGAAAUUCAGCCCGAACGGCGAGUGGCUGGCGAGUUCGUCCGCUGAUAAGCUCAUUAAAAUUUGGGGAGCAUAUGACGGAAAGUUUGAGAAAACCAUAUCUGGCCACAAGCUGGGAAUAUCCGAUGUGGCCUGGUCUUCAGAUUCUAAUCUCCUUGUUUCCGCCUCGGAUGAUAAAACCCUAAAGAUAUGGGACGUGAGCUCGGGAAAGUGUCUGAAAACCCUGAAGGGGCACAGUAACUACGUCUUUUGCUGUAACUUCAACCCCCAGUCCAACCUCAUCGUCUCGGGCUCUUUUGACGAAAGCGUGAGGAUAUGGGACGUGAAAACCGGAAAGUGCCUGAAGACUCUGCCUGCCCACUCGGACCCCGUCUCAGCUGUCCAUUUUAACCGGGAUGGAUCCUUGAUCGUGUCAAGCAGCUACGAUGGUCUCUGGCACGGACGGAGGGGCCCCCUCCAGACACCGCGCUGCUCGCCGACCGGCCGCCUUCCCGCCAGCCCCCGCGGCGCCUAG